AGCGAAGGUUGCUCAGGCGGCUAGGGAAUUGGCCCAAAGCGCGGUAAGACAACAUCAUGCGCGCACGUGACCCUGAACAGAAUUGAUUCCGGUCUCAUUGGCACAUAAUCAUCUAUGUGCGCUCGCCAGUUAUUUUGUGUACGUGUGCACCAUGGCAUGUGUAUGUCUGCCAUCGAUGUGAGACUGAUGAAUGCAUGUGUGCAUACGCACUUGUGAAGGCACUCAAAUUUGACCAGCUUCUCCAUCCAUCUUAAUUAGUCAGUUGUCGGCCGACGCAGUACUAUUACAUUUCCGUUCGUUCAGCAAACCACAUCUGCACCCAAUAGAGCUCUGAUACUGUGCACAUUGAGUCAGCUUCAGGUCACACAGUAUUCGGUAGUAUUAUCCAAAUUUGUGCACUUGCGAAAAUGGACUCUGCAUCUACGGAGCAGCCUAUGCAGCCUCCGCCUGAGAACGAACCAGUCAGCGAAGAUACAGACACCAAAGGUUCAAACGCCGGUGAUUACGACAACAUCUCGGCUUCAGAGUCUAAUAAAUGUGAGCAUCAAUCGCAGGACAGCUCCAGUUCGACUCCUGCAGUGGAGAAGGAACCUGAAACCGAACUAGUGAAGUAUGUGUUCAAAGAUGCAUCGCGUCCGGAUGAUAUCGAUGGGGCAGUCGCAGUAGUCCAGAAAGUGGAGUGUCUUCCUCCCUUGGUUGCUGAGGUUGCCAUACUAGAAGACGUUGAUGAAUCACGGCAAACCUCCACUUCUGAUAGUGCCCAAGAGCAACGAGUGGAUGGGGGAGAAACUACGCCCAGUGAUGGUGCCGAAGACAGAGCAGAGACAUCAGAGGCCCCAGAUGUCCAAUUGCAGUCGGGCACUGAAGUCCAAAAGCAAGAUUCUGUCAAACAGGAAAAGGCUUCUCGUGAACUUGAGCCAAAUGAAUCCACUGAGACUUCACCGUCGGCUGAAAUUCGUGUCCAGUCGGGUCCCUCAAUUUCCAUGAAAGUUGAAACCGAUCAGGGUUUAGAUACCAGCAUCACUGAGGGACCUACCUUACAGUUGCAGGACGAACAGAGUGAAGAGAUUAUAUGUCAGCACCAGGAAAACGCAGCGCUGCAUCAUUCACCUCAUGGAGAUAACGAACCAGCAGAUAAACCAAUGGGCCUGGAAGUAACACCCGGAGUCAUUGUGGAAGGAGGCGAAGUAAAGAUACAGUCAGAUUUGAAAAUAUCCUCUGCAGGUUCGUUGGAAAAAUCCGAUAAAAAGCCAAAGAGAAAGUCAAGACUCCCUUUCAAACUUAAGCGUAGCAAGCCAUCCACUGAACAACGACCAAGAUCUGGGGGCUCGUUGGACAGGGGCAGCAUGAAGUCUUUUGGAGAAAAUGUUCGCAACUUAUUUGGAACCGUUCGUUCCAGUGUGAAAAGGAAACGAAAACCUGCAAAGCAAGAAAGUCAACCAGCUCCCGUUAGACCUCCAAGACCACCCACAUUGGAUGCAUUUGAAGCGAAAUCACGUGUGACAUCAAACGACCUGGAUGCACACUCACUAAGAUCUGUCGACGGACCAUCAAUUACUGAAAGUCCUAUUACCCCUAGACGUAAAUUGCUUCAAGAAGCCUUGCCGGAUCUCAUGGCCGCAAUACCGGACGCAGCUGAAAUCCAUAUCCAAGUGUCUGAAAUGAAUGACUUGUCUGGAAAACCGACCACACCUGAACGGGACGCAUCCCCAGGAGCUGAAAUUGUGCAUGAGGAACACAUACAACCGGCGUCAGUCAGGAGACAGGUUACUUUGAGUCAUAAAUCUGACGCGAGCGCAUCGUUGGAGGACCAGGCUAUAUCACCGGGGAGCUCGUCGCCGAAACCGCCUAGACCUCACAACAGACCGGUUCUGUCCCCUUUGGAUUACCAACCAUACGAACCGUCACUGGACGGUUCCUGUGAACCAGGGGAAAUGGGAAUACAUCGAGCCGAAUUAGUUCAUGCCAGUUCCCAACGUGGUUAUGAUGCAUCUACCUCAGAAUACGCUCGUGGUAAAGACGCCCAGCAGGUAACCACACGAGGUACGCCUCGUGAAUAUCGUGAAAAGACGUACAGCUUGGACAGAAAUCAAAGCGAUGCCAAGAUGCGGCAGUCUUCAGGCACACUGAGGAAAACGCAAACGCUUCGGAUUGACUUUGCCGAUCGCAUGCGCGAACGCGUGAGAAGUCUUCGCGUGGAACCAUCGGAUGACGUGGAUGCUUCCAGCACUCUGGGUCGACGAAAAGGCAGAAAAGUGAAAGAAACCUACGUUUGCAGUGACACUGUCACGUGGCCGAAGAUCCACCUCAAAUUAAAGAAAAAACAGAGUUCAGUGUCAAAGGAUGCACCUCGAAGUGUAUACGAGCCAGUCGUUCACCGUCCACAACCACGCAUUACUCCUUAUUACCAGACCAACAGCCUGCAGCGACCGCCGCCGCCGACCGGAUUGACAAGUGAAUACAUUUCAGUCAGCAGAGCUGACCAUGUGCAAAGCGGCCUACCACCAACGGUUCGGGUAGGCAUCAACGGGCCCACAACGAAGACUGAUGGAUCCAGGUCCCCAAAGUCUGAUCGACAACUAACAAGCCUAUUGUCUAUUAGUACCGGAGGACAAUCGCACCAAAGUGGCACGACCGCGGAGUCUUCGCUACGCGGGAAGUUACACAUACUGCAAACAAACCGUACUUCACCAAACCAUGAGGAACAAUCAACGGUACCAUAUUUCAGCGCCGAGGUGAUCGAAGACUCAACCAUGGGCGAGUUGAAGAAUCUUUGUGUGGACAACGAGACUAUUCAGAAAACUCCCGAGAGCCAGCAAGAUCGCAUUAACGAAACAGUUAAACGGCUACAACCAUUUCUAGGUGCUUGGGAAUUGCUGGACACAGAAGGAUCGGACCAGGACAACCAGCAAAUGCAACAAAAAGCCAGUAUUCAUGAAUUCUUCAGAACAUGCAUUCGAUUGCGCUCCGUCGAUCUGCAGGGACAAUUUUCUCCUUUCCAUUAUCCGCUCCCUUCGUUCAAGGAAUACUACUGGAUCAGAUGUGCAAAGUUAGCGGAUUGGAACAGCCUGCAGAUAGUGCGCGAACCGGAGUGGAACACCGAAUACGCACAACUAGUGAGCUUUAUUUUAUCAUAA